AUUCACGUGGAUAAUGUAAUUGACAGCAGUCUCUCAUUUGGGUCAGGACAGGCACGAUGAAGCGGGGAUGGACACAGGAAAGUUAAGACAGCGCUUGGAGUUUUAGUCAUCGACAUUUGUAAAUCACUCAGGUUGGACAUUUUUAGACUUGGUGAGAAUUUGAGCGAAGGAGGUGUUUGUUGUGGGAUUUUAUCUUGUGGAAAGGGCCAAUGGGUGCUAAAUUCACCAUCUGUUGCUGUCAGUACUAUCUGAAACACAACAGGGAGGAGAAGAAUGCUAUUUUGCGUAUGCGCACCUCUACAGCUCCAAAACAACCAGUGCUGUUAUCCAGUGAUACCAGUGACAGUGAAAUAGAAGAAGAGAGCCUUUUCGGGCCACGACCUUCAAGAAGGAAGCCUGGGAAAAAGCAACCGAGCCAGAGGAGCAAUGUGAACCCGUGGGCUGACACAAACAGACCCUGGGAGCCUCAAAUCAGGAGAGGAUCAGACAGAGAGCUGCAGGCUUUUAUUAGCAUGAGAGACCAGGCUGACACAGCUACAGAGGAAUGGGAGAAGCUGAAUUAUGACAUACACAGUUUACGCUAUGCCAGACGAGAAGUAAGAUCACGGUGGAAGAAAAUCCUGCUAUUGCUAGGUUAUCAGUGCGAGGUGGACGCAUUGCUGUGCGUGAACAAACAGAACCGCUUCAGUCGAGAUCAGGAGCAUCUCAGCAAAACCACAGAAAUGCUGAAACAGCUGCUGGACCACACCUCCCUGUUUCCUCCUGAAACUGAACACCAGAACACAUACCUCUGUAUCAUGGACCGCCUGGUGUCGCUGGACAGUGCUGAGGACUUUGUCAGACUGGCCAAAGAGAAAUAUCCCAAGAAAGUAGGAUAAGAGAAAGUAAGAAGAAAGAAGACACGAAGGCUGGAAGAGAGGGUAAAUAAAAAUGCUACAAAUAUUAAAACACUGUACAAUUAAAAACUGUUGACAACAUUUUAGAGCAAAAUGUAAUGCUAAUGGAAAAUUAAAGUAUUUCUGUUUGACAUGUCCUGUUUAUUUAAUACACUUCAUUCUUCUCUGUUUAGGUAAGUUGCACAUUUGACAAUUUUUGUUGCAUUGGUAAAUGUUGCUUGGACUAUAAAAAAUACAAUAUUCUUUCAGAUUAAGAAGUCAUACAUUUGUGUUAAAUUCUCAGAAAUUCUUUAAGAUUGAUGUCAUUAUUUUCAAGAACCACAUCACUUCACUUUGCAAGGUUUGGUCCACCUCAUAGCAUAACACAGGCUGCUUCCUACCGUGUGUUAUGCCUGAUGAAGUUAUGGAAGAGGCAUUAUUCAGAAGAAAAUCACUGAUUAGAAUGAUUUUACUGCUUUCAAGAACUACAUAACAAUGGACAUCGCCAUGUUCCAUACUACUGCACCUCCUCAGUGUGGAACUUCCUGUUUACUGAUGGCAUCUGUGGUUUGAUGAGGUUGAUCCAGCCUUGUAAAGCUAUCUCUGGUGAAUACAUAUUUUUGCAAGGUUGCCCCCCUCCUCUGGCUUCUUCUUUAAAAAAAAAUUGUAUUCAGCGUCUAUACCAGAGAGUUUAUAUUUCGUUAAACACCUUUAACACAUGCUAAUAACUGACCAUACUGAUAAGACUGUAUUUUUCUGGGUUAUU